CACAAUAUCAUAAUAAUACCAGAAUAGGCUCGUCUCUCGCCCCUCCUUCUGGACCCGAAAAUGACGCUAUAAAUUCCAAUGAUUCUUGCUUUACCAACUCUCUAUUUUCAGUCCUAGCACAGAACCCACCUCUCAUGUCAGUUUACUUUGUCCGACCGAUAAAAAAAAGAAGUUAGUCACUUUGAUCAGGUAUCAUCUUUGUGCGAGUCUUCGAGAAGACAACAAGAAAGUAGGAUAACAAUGUUGGCAAUAUUUCACAAGGCAUUUGCACACCCACCGGAGGAGCUGAACAGCCCCGCCUCUCACAGUGGCUCUAGGAAGCCCAAGCUCCCAGAUGAGACCCUCAGAGAGUUCGUCUCGCACCAUCCGAACAACACCUUCUCUAUGACCUUUGGGGACGCUGCUGCUCUUGCCUAUGUCAGGCCUGACAACCCCUUUUCCCUCCGCCAGAGGUUGUUUUGUGGAUUUGAUGAUAUAUACUGCCUGUUCAUGGGGAGCCUGAACAACCUGAAUCAGCUGAACAAGCAGUACGGGCUGGCCAAGGGAAGCAACGAGGCCCAGUUUGUGAUAGAGGCAUACAGGACGCUCAGGGACAGGGGUCCAUACCCGGCUGAUCAGGUGGUGAAGGAUCUCGAUGGUAGCUUUGCCUUCGUUGUCUAUGACAGCAAGAUUGGGACCGUCUUCACUGCACUGGGUUCUGAUGGAGGAGAGAAGCUGUACUGGGGGAUUGCAGGUGAUGGCUCUGUUGUGAUAUGUGAUGACAAGGAAGUCAUAAAGGCAGGGUGUGCCAAGUCUUAUGCUCCCUUCCCCAAAGGGUGCAUGUUCCACAGCGAAGGAGGAUUGAUGAGCUUCGAGCAUCCGAUGAACAAGAUGAAGGCGAUGCCGAGGGUGGACAGUGAGGGCGUGAUGUGUGGGGCCAACUUUAAUGUUGAUAAGUUCACGAGGGUCAACAGCAUUCCUCGCCGAGGUAGCGAAUCGAACUGGAUGGAGUGGGAUUCACAUUAAUUGACUCAAGAUCUCACCCUCGCUCAUCGAUCGCUAGUUACAAAAUCCUUGUCCUUUCCUUGUCCUUGUUCUUCCUAAGCCGGUGCACUCUCUGUAUGUUAGUGAUGAUAAAUGAGAGCUCAUCUUUUCAAAA